UGAAUCCUAUAAAUUCCUACGAUCACACCGUCGCAUUUGCCUUGUGGACGUCGCUCACUCUGAACCUCGUGAUCCGUGUUGUCGCGCAAAAUUAUUCCUAUUAACAGCCGCCAGAGAGCGGAAAGUGCAACUCUUCAGUCCUCAUUCCACUUGCAGAAGCAGAAAGAAAGGUAAGAAAUCGACAAGUCUAAGAUGAGGUUGUUGAAGGUUGCGACGUGCAAUUUGAAUCAAUGGGCGAUGGAUUUCGAUUGCAAUAUGAAGAACAUCAAGGAAUCUAUUUCUAGGGCUAAAGCAGAAGGUGCUGUCAUUAGGCUUGGUCCUGAGCUCGAAAUCACUGGCUAUGGCUGUGAAGACCAUUUCUUGGAGCUCGAUACCGUUUCUCACGCGUGGGAGUGUUUAGUAGAUAUUUUACUUGGUGGUUGGACAGAUGGCAUAUUAUGUAGUAUUGGCAUGCCUGUUAUAAAAGGGUCGGAGCGUUACAACUGUCAAGUAUUAUGUCUAAACAGAAAAAUUAUAAUGAUACGCCCAAAGAUGUGGCUUGCAAAUGAUGGUAAUUACAGGGAACUGCGGUGGUUUACUGCAUGGAAGCAAAAAGAGCAACUUGAGGACUUUCAGCUACCAUGUGGAAUUGCUGAAGCUUUGUUACAGAAAACGGUGCCUUUUGGCUAUGGUUACAUUCAAUUUCUAGACACAGCUGUUGCACCUGAAGUUUGUGAAGAACUUUUUACUCCUAUGCCCCCUCAUGCUGAACUUGCACUAAAUGGUGUCGAAGUGUUUAUGAAUGCUAGUGGAAGUCACCACCAACUACGAAAGCUUGAUCUGAGGCUUCGUGCUUUUAUAGGAGCUACACAUACUCGUGGAGGAGUUUACAUGUAUAGUAAUCACCAAGGGUGUGAUGGCGGCCGCCUUUAUUAUGAUGGAUGUUCAUGUGUCAUUGUAAAUGGAGACUUGGUUGCUCAAAGCUCACAAUUUUCCUUGAAGGACGUUGAAGUGGUGGUUGCUCAAAUUGAUCUAGAUGCGGUUGCAAGUCUUAGAGGAUCUAUAAGUAGCUUUCAGGAGCAAGCAAGUUGCAAACAGAAGGUUUCCUCAGUAGCAGUACCAUUCAAACUUUGCCAGUCCUUUAACUCCCAAAUGUCCCUUUCAAGUCCACUUAAGAUUAAAUACCACUCCGCUGAGGAGGAAAUAGCUUUUGGACCAGGUUGUUGGCUAUGGGACUAUCUAAGGAGAAGUGGAGCAUCUGGAUUUUUGCUUCCACUUUCUGGUGGGGCUGAUAGUUCUUCUGUGGCUGCUAUUGUUGGCUGCAUGUGUCAGCUUGUAGUAAAAGAAAUUGCAAAUGGGGAUGAACAAGUCAAAGCUGAUGCUAUACGAAUUGGCCACUACACCAAUGGACAGUUUCCUACUGAUAGCACAGAAUUUGCGAAACGCAUAUUUUACACUGUUUUCAUGGGAUCUGAAAAUAGUUCUGAUGCCACGAAAAUGCGGGCAAAGGUGCUGGCAGAUGAAAUUGGUUCGUGGCAUCUUGAUGUUUCAAUUGAUGGUGUGGUUUCUGCCCUGCUCUCAUUGUUUCAAACACUUACUGGAAAGCGACCGCGCUAUAAGGUAGAUGGGGGAUCAAACAUUGAAAACUUAGGACUGCAAAACAUUCAAGCUCGAAUCAGAAUGGUGUUGGCGUUUAUGCUAGCAUCACUAUUGCCAUGGGUUCACAACAAACCAGGCUUUUAUCUGGUCUUAGGUAGCUCCAAUGUGGACGAAGGACUGCGUGGCUACCUAACAAAGUACGAUUGCAGUUCAGCAGAUAUAAAUCCGAUUGGAAGUAUUAGUAAGCAGGAUCUUCGAGCAUUUUUGCGAUGGGCAGCCACCCAUCUUGGCUACUCAUCUUUAGCUGAAAUCGAAGCUGCUCCUCCCACUGCUGAGUUGGAGCCUAUAAGAUCCAAUUACAGCCAGUUGGAUGAAGUGGACAUGGGAAUGACAUAUGAGGAACUCUCAGUAUAUGGAAGGUUGCGGAAGAUUUUCCGCUGUGGCCCUGUAUCUAUGUUUAAGAAUCUCUGCUAUAAAUGGGGUGAAAGAUUAACUCCAUCAGAGGUGGCUGAUAAAGUGAAGCAUUUCUUCAAGUAUUAUUCCAUCAAUCGACACAAAAUGACUGUAUUAACCCCUUCAUAUCAUGCUGAGAGUUAUUCACCAGAGGAUAAUAGAUUUGACCUUCGCCAGUUUCUAUACAAUGCAAGAUGGCCUUAUCAAUUUCACAAGAUUGAUGAACUUGUACAUGAGCUUGAUAAUGAUAAAGUUGCUAUUACAAAAUCAACUGACCAGGAAAAGGUGGAUGUUCCUUCAAAUGGUGGUAUGGGAGUUGUGGCAGCAGGCUCAGGCAAUCCAAGAGCUGGGCUUUAGUCUCAGAUUAACAGCUAGGUGCUUAAAUGGAGCUCACUAGUUUUGGUACAUUAUACUCUUUGAUGUGCUAAUCUAUUUAUAGCAUUGGAUGUUCAUGUUCCAUUUUUAAUCUGUCCAUAUAAACGAAAAAAAGGUGUAUUUUCACUUCAGGUGCUGUCUUAUAUGAUUAUUUUGUAUUGAUUCAACAAAGCCUAAUUUUUUC